AUGGAGUGGGUCAAUGAGACCAUGGUGAGAGAAUUUGUUUUUCUUGGUUUCUCCUCUCUGGCCAGGCUGCAGGAGCAGGAGCUCCUCUUUGUUAUCUUCCUGCUCCUUUACCUGUUCACUCUGGGCACCAAUGCCAUCAUCAUUUCCACCAUUGUGCUGGACAGAGCCCUUCACACCCCCAUGUACUUCUUCCUGUCCAUCCUCUCCUGCUCUGAAACUUGUUACACCUUCGUCAUUAUACCCAAGAUGCUAGUGGACCUGCUUGCUCGGAGGAAGACCAUUUCCUUCCUGGGCUGUGCCAUCCAGAUGUUCACCUUCAUCUUUCUCGGCUGCUCUCACUCCUUGCUGCUGGCAGCCAUGGGUUAUGAUCGCUAUGUGGCCAUCUGCAACCCUCUUCGCUACACGGUGCUAAUGGGACACAGGAUAUGUGUGGGAUUAGUGGCUGCUGCCUGUGCCUGUGGCUUCACUGUGGCACAGAUCAUCACAUCUUUGGUGUUUCACUUGCCUUUCCACUCCUCCAACCAGCUCCAUCACUUCUUUUGUGACAUCUUCCCUGUUCUCAAGCUGGCAUCUCAACAAUCUUAUUUUAGUCAGAUUGUCAUCUUCAUUCUCUGUGCAUUGAUCCUGGUUAUCCCCCUGCUUUUAAUCUUGGUAUCCUAUAUUCACAUCAUCUCUGCCAUACUCCAAUUUCCAUCCACACUGGGCAGGUACAAAGCUUUCUCCACUUGUGCUUCGCAUCUCAUUGUUGUCAUUGUCCACUAUGGCUGUGCCUCUUUUAUAUACUUAAGACCUAAAUCCAACUAUUCCUCAAGCCAGGAUGUUCUGAUAUCAGUAUCCUACACUAUCCUAACUCCAUUGUUCAACCCAAUGAUUUACAGCUUAAGAAAUAAAGAAUUCAAAUCAGCUCUUUGUAGAGUUAUGGAAAGGACAAUUCCUCUGCCACAACCUUAA